UUACUAUGUUAAGUCUAAGUUAGAUAAGGUCCUAUACCAGACAGAAUUAGAAAAAUUUGCCCUGAUAGAACCAUAAUUAAAUUAUUAAUAAGUCCUCUGAAAAGCGGAGCUGAAUUUAUUUAAAAAAAAAAAAUGAAAGUGAAACCACUUUAAAGGGUCAUUCUGUUUUCUGACAGUUAGUACCUCAGGAAAAUAUGAGAAGGCUAAAGGAAGUGUAUGGAAAUUGAAAUAAUAGUUAGCAUAGGGGUACAAAUAGAAGAACAUAACAGAAAGGGGCGGGGUGACUUCUGUGAUGAAAAUGAAAAAGAGAACAAAGGAGCGAAUGAUGACAUACAUUGAGCAAGCACCCCGUGUUACUAAUACUCCAGAUCCAGCAUUUCUUCAGUGACUAUUCAAUAACGGACAUCUCAGAAUGGCCCUGGGGGUGCACUGGUUCUCCCUUGUCACAUUCUGCAUUCUUGGGAUCUAUUUCGUAGGGGCCUCGCAGGAGCCAUGCCAGGGGAACAUUGGGAAUAGAGAGGUAUAUGCUCCAUUCGGAGGCUGGGCUCUGUUAAACUGCACCCACAACUGCACUCAAGCUGAAUGGGAGUCAAGAUUAAGAAAGAGGAACAUCACUAAAGGACCUGGUUGGAUUUCUGUUGAAGUUGAAGUUGGAGCUGAUGGCUGGAAAGCUUCAAACAUAAGCUGCACGGUUCUAUCAGGUGGAGGAGGCACAGUUGAUAACUUUGUUGCAGUAACCCCUUAUGAGAUUCCAGGUUUGGUGACAGUAGACAUGGAGGACACGCUGGAAGAAGGGAAAUCAUACGAUGUCACCUGCACUGUACAUGGAGUGGCCCCUAUUCAGAACCUCAUGGUCACAGUUUUCAGAGGGAAAGAAAUGAUUCAGCAGAAAACGUUUAAAGAUGACUCUCGAGAUGGAAACAUUACAGAAGCAGUAACAUUUGCAAUCACAGCUCAGAGAAGUGACAACAUGAAGGACUUCUCCUGCCAGGCCACCCUUGCACUGGGAACAGACCCUGGGAAUGUUAUAGUAGAGUCAUCCAGGGUCAGUGUUACAACAUUCGGUCUACCAGGAAAGCCAUACUUUAAUACUAACCACUGGAUCGAGAUUGGAACCAAGCAUACACUAAUUUGUGCAGUCUCAGAUGCUUUUCCCCCUGACAAUGUGACCUUGGCAAUGUUCUUCAACAAUACAACUCUCGGUGUGAGUCAAUACAAGAAGGCUGAUGGCUCAGUGGUAGGACUUGCCUCAAUACCUCCUGGGUAUUUCCCUUCCAUUAACACUUAUCAACUUCAUUGCAAAGCUGAACUUCUGGGCCUCUCUGUAGAAGACACUAAAGAUAUUCACAUCUAUGAGUCUGCAAAAAUCAACCUCACGCUCUCUGAUUCCAAAGUGCUUUUGGGUGGAACCAUAAGAGUUUUCUGUGUGCUAACCAAUGAUCAUCCAGAUCAAUACAAUGUAGUGAUUGGUUUAAACGGGGAACAAGUCUGCGAAAAUCCAAAGUGGGACUGUAAUGCGACGGUGAAGGAAUCAUCAUCAUCUGUGGUGAAUGUUACCUGUAAAGCUUUCCAUAAACUUAAUGGGAUGAUAAUGUUUACAACUCAGCAAUCUAUCACUGUAACUGGCAGGGAUUCACGUGCCCACAUAUGUAUUGUGAUACUAUGUAUUGUAUUCAUUGCAGCAGCGGUUGCAAUAAUAGUUGUAAUAAUAUUGUGCAGAAGGAAAACAAAAAUGGAUUCUCAGAACAUCACACUGGAAAACGCACCAGCAGGACCCUCUAAUGGAGAACAGAAACAACCAGUUGAAAACUAGAAAGGGGAUUCAUUUGAAAUGAUGUGCACUAAUGUAUCUUUGUACUAUGGAGAAGGAAUUCCGCGCUUUAACCCUAUUGUUCCUGGGGGAAGCUUCCGCUUUGGGGAAUGUAAUCGAGGGGUUACUUGAAUUAAGUAGUGAUGGGCGAAUUUAUUCGCCAGGCGCGAAUUCGCGGCAAAUUUGCACGAUUCCCCGCCAGCGAA